AUGACUAUUCUACAUGCUCUUUCCAUUGAACAAGACUCUACUGAAAGGUGGUCUCCUUACAAUGAUAUACACUUAACCACAACUGAGUGUAUAAUUGUUGACGAUGAAAAACACGAGCCAUACAUAUUGCUAAGUCCUAGUGGAGUUGGUAAAAUAAGCUCCAAAUAUGGUACUCUGUUACAACAAACACAAGUACAAUAUGAAGAAGAGAUAGAUUUUUCAUCUUCCUCUUCUCAGCAAGACGAUGUGAUGAGAAGGUUGAUUUCUACUUCAAAGAGGCUCUUUGUCUUUUUAUUCAAAGUCGGUAUUGGCGCGUAUAUGCUAGGAUUUGGGCCCAACCAGCACCUUAAAGAAAACUGGAUCAAGUACUUGAUACUCUUUAUCGUUGGAUUUCAUUCCUAUGUCGUUUUUGUGCCUAAUAUUCCCUUGAUCAGGUUUGGUUAUCCUAGUGCAGUACAAGAGAAAGUGGUUAAGAUAGUGGUGAAUCGCACUCGAGAUUUUGAGUACAUUACAAGUGGUAAACCAAAUUGGUACAUGGUGCUAUAUAGUAACCUCGAGAAUACAGUAAAGGACUUGAUGGUUUACACAUUGACAUUCUUGCCUUCAGUGCAGUUGAAGUUAUAUGAUGAAAUGGAGAAACAGAAGAAUUGCGAAAUUGAAGAGUUCACCGAGAUGGUGACGCGGCUUUAUUAUAUGGUUCCAAGUCCGUAUAGGAAUAUUGAGAGUGCACUUGAGGCGAUCAAUGACGAAGAGGACCCCGAAGUGCCAGAUGCUGAAAUAAGAGAAAGGAAGUUUAACUUGUUGGCAGAAUACUUUCAAUUGCUUCUGGAGUAUAAUAGUUAG